UUGACAACGAGUAUUAUACUUACAAUCGUCGAUUUUUUCGUUUAAUUGGAUUUUGGCAACGUCAGACGUCAUAUAAGAAUAAAAUUUAUAUUUUUUUCAUUAAUUUUAUCCUAUUAUUAGGAUCAUUCGAACAGAUGAAGAAAAUACUUUGUCGUAUUAAGUACGACUGGGAUGUCCUUACAAACAAAUCAGAAAUCUUGAUAUUGAAGAAGUAUGCUGAAAUUAGUAGACUUUGUACUAUAAUAAUAGCAAUCUGGUUUUAUCUUUAUAUUACAUUUUUAAUAUUUCCAUCAUUUUUAACUGUGUUUCAAUACGUUUUUGGUAUUAUAAGUGAAACGGAAUUAUUAUUACCAAUUCAUGCUGAUUACUUCCUGAAAAACUUAAUGAUUUACUUCACUACGCUUACACUCGAAUACAUAAUUAUAUUAAUAGCGUGCACUGUAGGGAUUGCUAAUUAUUCCAUGUUUAUAGCAGUUAUACAGCAUGCUUGUGCACUUUUUUCCAUCGUUCAAUGGAGGGUUAAACAAAGAUUCGAAAAACGUUCACAUAAUUCUUAUUAUGUCAAUGUUGAAAGUGAAUUAUUAAAGGAAAAGGAAUGGAUAGUUACUGUCAUAGAAUUCUAUAAACACGCGAUCGAAUUUGUCGAUUUAUUAAAAUCUUUUUACGAACUCAUUCAUCUUUUCGAAGAAUUAUUGUGGUUUAUAUUUAUACUGGUUGAUUAUUUUUACCUAUUUCAGAUAUUUACUUGGACUCUUAAUUGGACCGAUAUAAUAUCAAAGCUUCUAUACAUUAUUGGUUCUUUAUUCGUAAUAUUCGUUUACUCCUACCUUUCACAACAAUUGAUAGACCACAACGUUAAUGUAUCUAUAAUAUUCUGCGAAAUUCCGUUUUAUUCGUUAUCAUUGAAAACACAAAAAUUGUUACCCCUUUUGAUAAUGAAAAGCAUGAGACAGUGCAGUUUAUCGCUGACGAGUGCGAUAGUGGUAUCCCAUGAUCUAUUGGCGACGUCAAUAAAGAAGUCAUUUUCUUUCGCUGCGGUAUUGUUUAAUCUGCAAUGAAUACAAUCGAAGAUAAUUUUAUAUAACAUUCGGUCAUUGUAUUGCGUUAUAGAAUGCGUUG